AUGGCUUGUAGACAUGAUGUGCAAAUAGAGAAGGAGAAGGCCGUCUACAACAUCUCAGGGGGCUGCACUGCUCUGGCGGUCGUCUAUAUGCUCGGGAAGCUCUACGUUGCUAACGCUGGGGACAGCAGAGCUAUCAUUAUCCGGGCAGGGGAAGUCAUCCCCAUGUCAGCAGAGUUCACGCCCGAGUCAGAGAGACAGCGACUGCAGUUCCUGGCCUACAUGCAGCCCCACUUAUUAGGGAACGAGUUUACACAUCUGGAGUUCCCGAGGAGAGUCCAGAAAAAGGAGGUGGGGAAGAGGAUGCUGUACCGUGACUUCACCAUGUCCGGAUGGGCGUAUAAAACCAUCGAGGACGAUGACCUCAAGUUUCCCCUGAUCUACGGCGAAGGAAAGAAGGCUCGUGUGUUGGCGACCAUCGGCGUCACCAGAGGUCUCGGGGACCACAAUCUGAAAGUGCACGACUCUAACAUCUACAUUAAGCCCUUCCUGUCCUGCUGCCCAGAGGUCAAAGUUUACCCUCUGGUGGAGUGCGAGCAUGGGGCUGAUGACGUUCUGGUGCUGGGAACCGACGGUCUGUGGGACGUCCUCUCUAACCAGGAAGCGUCCGAAGCCAUCACCUGUUUCCUGGCAAACUGCGACCCCGACGACCAGCACAGGUACACAAUGGCAGCUCAGGACCUCGUGAUGAGAGCACGAGGGGUGCUGAAGGAUCGAGGCUGGAGGAUAUCCAACGACAGAUUAGGCUCUGGAGACGACAUCACUGCCUACAUCAUUCCCCUCAUGUACGGCAACAAGCAGAACUAGCCCCAGCUACGAAACGUAACCCUGCCUUUGACUUCUGCAGAUCCCCUCGUCCCCUGUGCUCUUUUUAUUAAAGUGCUUUAGUGUGGAAUCCUCUGCUCAGGGAUCCAAGAUGUCUCUGGUCACAAAUGGGAUGUUUUUUUUUUUGUUACCCCCUUGAUAAUCCUCAAUCAGGAUGAUCUCUUUUUGUCUGGUCCUUUUUAUAGAAAAAGAAACAUGAAAAGCAGUGGAAGAGCUUUUUUUUUUCCUUUCAAAUCUCGAAGAAGCCAUCAUAAACUUUGUAGUGGGGGAAGCCUAAGGUUGGGAGCAUUAGACUCAUGGACAGACGUGGUGAUGUGCAUCUCAGGAUUGCAAUUACUAACUAAUGCACAAUAUUUAUAAAUGUGAAAAUGUAAAUAAUCCUAGGUGUAAAACAUUCGGUAAGUAUGUUUAGUUGAGCACUUGUACAGUGUAAAAGAAACUAACCUGGAGACUGAUGUCCUGCAUAUAUGAAUCAUAAGUCCUCUGUUCCAGCUUUUUAAUUAGCUACGUUCAAUCAUCUGCUAUUCUUAGUCUGAAAAACGUGCAAAUCUUCUCUGGACAGUAUGUCUCCUGAUGCUGCACUUUCAAUAACUUACUUAUAAUGAAGGAAUACUGAUUCCGUUAAAUGAAGGAAUAUAAAUAUGAAGACAGGACCAGUUCCCUAGUACUCCCUAGGAUACUAAUUAUAGUAUUAAAUCAAACCCAAGAUUUAAGAAGGAAAAACUAAGUCUUUCUGUUCCAUCCAUUCUACCUCAUCAUUUAUUUCCUUGUUUUGUAUAUUAUGCUAACUCAUACUGUCAUAGUCCUCUUCUAGUGGCUGUUUUCAUGCUACAUCAGGUGCAUCGUCAGCUGUUUCCUGUGCCAUUAUUUGAGUUACAUUGUUAUACCGUACCUGCAAGAUUUGUAAAAACGUCUUUAGAGAAUCUCUCAAGAAAGUAAAAACGCCUCACAGGGAACUGUGUGAUAGGUAAAGUGUUGUACAAGAUAUAUAUUUUUCAUAUAUAUUAGGCUCAAAAACCCUUUGUCAUGCACUCAUGUUUACCCUUUUCUCAGUAUCCGUUGGAUGUGUUGUUCCUAAUAAGAAAAACCCCAACUUUAUGAAUAGCAGGUGCCUAUAAUAAAGACAAUUGCUUUUAAUGUGUCACGUGAAAGGAAGUAUAAGACUAUCACUGCAGACAAUUCAUUAGACAGCAAUUACCCUAUGUGUCUACAAUCAAUAUUGUUGGCUGAAUCCGUGGCGUUCCAUAUUUUGAUUUAAUUGUAUUUUUCAGCUUGUCAACAUGUUGUAACCUAAAGGCUGUACGAGUGGCUGAAGCUGGUGAACAAUGGAACAGAGUAAUUUAAAUGUAAAAAUGUAAAUAAUGUUUCAAGUGUAUACUUUUCUUGUUUCUUUUGCUGUUAGUAAUGUACAUCUUACUGAACACUUUAUUUGUACUGUUUUGGAAACCAAGGAACAGUGACAACAAAUUGUGUAAAUGCUCUUUUUUUCUGCUCUAUUAAAAAAAUUAACCUUU